UCCCAGUAUUAUUACCAAGUCCGCGAGUACCUCGGCUCGCUGCUGUAGAAAGCUGAUCUGCGCCUAUAAAUCCACCUCACGCCACUCGCUACUACCAUUGUCUCACUGAUCGUCCUCUCAACUUCAAGUGUCAUUUCAACUCCUCCUUCAACAUUGUUUAUGUAAAUUAUCUUACAAUCAAGUUCAAACAAGUCUAUAAAACUAACCCUUUAAAAAAAGUUUCAUUUUUAUGUAUUAGAAAAGUGCCAGUGGUGUAAAAUAAAAUGGACGCGCAACAAUUUCGGGAAUUUGGCAAAGCGGCCAUCGACCUCAUGGCCGAUUAUGUCGAAAACAUCAGAGAUCACGAUGUCCUACCAUCAGUGGAGCCUGGCUACCUAAUAAAUGCGUUACCUCAAGAUGCUCCGGAACACCCAGAGGCCUGGCAAGACAUCCUGAAAGACUUCAACCAAACUAUUAUGCCUGGCAUUACGCACUGGCAGUCUCCACAGUUCCACGCUUUUUACCCGACCGGUUCAUCUUAUGCAAGCAUCGUAGGAAACAUAUUAUGUGAUGGCCUGUCUGUCAUUGGACUGAGUUGGCUGUCGAGUCCAGCGUGCACUGAACUCGAAGUUCUAACUUUGAAUUGGUUGGGGAAACUGCUCGGACUACCUGAAGAAUUCCUGCAUUGUUCCAGUGGGCCUGGUGGAGGUAUUAUUCAGGGCUCCGCAAGUGAGGCGACGUUAGUGGCACUCCUAGCAGCUAAAGAUAAAACUGUACGCAGGAUCACCAAAAGUGAUCCAACCCUGGACGAAGAUUAUAUCAAACCAAAAUUAGUGGCGUAUACAUCUGACCAAUGUAACUCUUCAGUGGAGAAAGGUGGCUUGUUGGCCUCUAUGAAAAUGCGUCUACUAAAGACGGAUAGCGACGGCAGACUCCGUGGAGAAACACUCAAAAAUGCAUUUGAAGAAGACAUAUCUCAAGGUCUAAUACCGUGUUGUGUUAUUGCAAACCUUGGUACUACCGGAACCUGCGCGUUUGACCCAUUAUACGAACUGGGCCCAGUGUGCAAUGAAGCAGACGUGUGGCUCCACGUGGAUGCCGCCUACGCAGGAGCAGCAUUCUUGUGUCCCGAGUACAGGCACUUGAUGAGGGGCAUCGAAUUGUCCGAUUCUAUUGACGUAAAUGCGCACAAAUGGAUGCCUGUUACUUUUGAUUGUUCUGCAAUGUGGCUCAAAAAUGGAUAUGACCUUGUAAGAGCAUUUAACGUCCAGAGAAUUUAUUUGGACGAUAUCAAGACAGAAAACAAGAUUCCUGACUAUCGACACUGGCAAAUACCCCUUGGUCGCAGAUUCAGAGCCCUAAAAUUAUGGACAGCUAUGAGGAUUUACGGUGCGGAAGGUCUUAGAAAACAUGUGAGGGAUCAAAUAACUCUGGCUCAAUAUUUUGCUAAAUUAGUACGUAGUGACGACAGGUUUUUGGUUGAGCCAGAGCAAUCUAUGGGACUAGUAUGCUUUAGGUUAAAAGAAGGAGAUAUUGUAACGAAAAAAUUACUAGAGAAUAUAACCGAAAAGAAAAAGAUUUAUAUGGUAGCUGGUAGUUAUAACGGCAGGUAUAUGAUUAGAUUUGUAAUCUGCUCACGUUUAACGAAGAAAGAAGAUGUGGACUUUGCUUGGACACAUAUCAAAGACGAAGCAAACUUGCUUUGCUCAGACAAAGUACACACAAAGGCACAAUUACCAGCAAUCAAUCAAAUAGUGGCGCGAGAAAUAUGUGAGAAGUCUAAAUAGAAUAAUAAUUUUACCUAUAGUGAAGGUAUGGGAGAUAUUGUACAAGAAAUGGUUGAAUUGAAUGUUAUUGUAGGUACUUAUUCGGUGUAUAGUAUUCGGAGGGAAACGUUUAGUUAUGUGAUAUAGGGAAUUGACGUUAAAACAAGUCGUAAUGUUAGAAAUUAAUUACACUUAUACUUAGGGAUAGAAUAAGGUUAACUAUUAUUAAUGAAACGCUUGUGAUCUGACCUUUGAAAUGGUUCAAGAUCUAUUACAUUUAGAAAAAUAAAAAACUGUGUGACAA